AUGGGGCUAUUGAGCAAUCUAGAGGCCGACGAAGGCAAGGAGACAGAGUCGACAGCACCCCCACCAUACUCUCUGGUAGGCAACAAUGAACUCGCGGAAUCAGGGACUGUGCAAGAAAACGGCCGCAUAAAUAUCAAUCUUGACUCCAAGGUCGCUAGAACACUCGCCAAAAUCAUCGAUCUACAGCAAGAAGACAUUCACAACCCUCCACCUGAUUAUAUCGAUAAUUUGCAGCACUUCACCACAUGCGACCUGAAAUUAAACAUUGUCAUUCAGAUUGUCGGAAGCCGCGGAGACGUCCAGCCGUUCAUUGCCCUCGGGAACGCACUGCAAAAGCAUGGCCAUCGAGUCCGCAUCGCCACACAUGAUGUGUUUGCCAACUUUGUGCGGGAUGCAGGAUUAGAAUUCUAUCCCAUAGGGGGUGAUCCAGCCGAGCUGAUGGCAUAUAUGGUUAAAAACCCUGGCUUGAUUCCACAGAUGAAGACACUACGGGAGGGCGAGGUACAGAGGAAGCAAGCUAUGGUCGCAGAAAUGCUCGAUGGUUGUUGGAGAUCUUGCAUUCAAGACGAUCCUCUGACACAGGAGCCAUUUGUUGCUGAUGCUAUCAUUGCCAAUCCUCCCAGCUUUGCGCAUGUGCAUUGUGCCCAGGCAUUAGGCAUUCCUGUCCAUUUGAUGUUCACAAUGCCAUGGAGCAGUACCAAGGCAUUCCCACAUCCUCUCGCCAAUAUGAACUCGUCGUCUAUGAAUCCUCGAACUGCCAAUUGGGUCACCUAUGGAGUGGUCGAGUGGUUGACAUGGCAAGGGCUAGGAGACGUCAUCAAUCAAUGGCGCAUUUCAAUCGAUUUGGAGCCUAUUGCCGCGACAGUGGGCCCUAGCCUCCCGGAAGCAUUGCAAAUACCCCACACCUAUUGUUGGCCUCCUGCCCUUGUGCCAAAACCAACAGACUGGCCAGCGCAUAUUGACGUGUGCGGAUUCUUCUUCCGGGACCCGCCAUCAUACAGUCCGCCCUCGGAACUGUCAGAAUUCCUACAGGCUGGUCCACCACCAGUGUACAUCGGCUUCGGCAGUAUUGUUGUUGAAAAUCCCCAAAAGCUGAUAGACACAGUUGUGAUUGCAGUCGUACGAUCAGGGGUGCGUGCAAUCAUCUCCAAAGGCUGGAGUGGGCUUGUUGGAGCUCUAAACCCCAACAUCUACUAUAUAGAUGAUUGUCCACACGAAUGGCUGUUCCAGCAUGUUGCAGCAGUUGUCCACCAUGGGGGCGCCGGAACCACUGCGUGCGGUCUCAGAAACGGCAAGCCCACUGCUAUCGUGCCUUUCUUUGGCGACCAGCCUUUCUGGGGCAACAUGAUCUUCAGAGCUGGGGCAGGCCCUAGUCCCAUUCCAUAUGCAUCACUUAAUUUCCAGAGGCUGACGGCCGCCAUCCAAUCUUGCCUCACGCCAGAGGCACGAGAGGCCGCGCAUAGAAUUUCCCUCAAGAUGAAAAACGAGGCAGGAGUCGACGCGGCCGUGGAAUCAUUCCAUCGGAAUCUCCCCAUUGAUCGAAUGCGUUGUGAUUUGAUUCCCAACCAAGUUGCAAGCUGGAAAUACAAAAAGAGCGCAUUUUCCCUCAGCUUGUCAAAAAAAGCCGCUCAGAUCUUGAUCGAGAAUCAUAAAAUUACCAAGGGUCACCUGGAACUUCAUCACGCCAAUCCCAUAGUGAUUGAAAAUCGCCGCUGGGAUCCUAUUAGCGGAAUGAUAUCUGCUGCCACAACCACUGGGUCAAUCAUGUUACACUCAACCGCCGAUAUGGUUUACAAUCCUUAUAAGAAAUUUAAGGAUGGUCGCACUCCACGGCUGCCUAACAAAGACUUGGAUGCCGGACCAUCAACCAGAAACGCACCCUCCCACGUCUACUCGACAACACCUGCCAAAGACAUGGAUAUUUCGAGCCCCUCUGAGAGCUCAGGGCUUCAAGGAAAGAAUGGUCUUUUGGUUGCAGGGAGUAUGCUAGGCGCGACGAUGAAAGGAUUUGGGAAAUUCACCGGGUCAUAUUUCAAAGGGGUGGUGGUCGACAUUCCACAUGCCGCAGCAGAGGGGUUCCGCCAGGUCCCCCGGAUCUAUGGAGAGACGCCCAAGGACUACGGUACAAUCCAGGACUGGAAGUCUGGAGCCAUAUUUGGUGGGAAGAAUUUUGUUGAUGGGAUGACCGAUGGGUUUACGGGGAUAAUCACCCAGCCCAUGAACGGGGCAAAGGAAGAGGGUGCUUUAGGUGCUGUGAAAGGCUUUGCUAAGGGUACUAUUGGCCUUGCUACCAAGGUCCCUUCAGCGGGAAUUGGCCUGGUGGCUUAUCCUUUCCAGGGAAUUACGAAAAGCAUCGAGGCAGCUUUCCGCUCAAACACCCGCAAAGCUAUUGUGAAUACACAGCUGAAGUCUGGAUGCUAUGAGGCUGAGAGAUUGCCGAUGAGUGCUGAGCGAAGAGAUGAGGUUCUGCAAUCUUUUUCAUUCUUGUCUACUUCGCAUACAUAG